AUGCCUGAGAAAUUAAUGAAUGUGACCCUAAUAACAGAAUUCUUGCUCAUGGGAUUCCCUGAUGAUCAGGUGCUACAGAGACUUUAUGCUUCAUUCUUCUCCCUGGUUUACCUGGCAGCACUGAUGGGGAACCUCCUCAUUAUCAUCCUCACCACCAUUGACCAGCAUCUUCAAACCCCCAUGUACUUCUUCCUGAAAAAUUUGUCUUUGAUUGAUAUCUGUUACAUCUCUGUCACUGUCCCCAAAUCCGUCAUGAACUCUCUGACCAACAGCCAUUCCAUCUCCUUUGUGGGAUGUGCCUCACAGGUUUUCCUUCUUGUUUUCUUUGCUGGCACAGAGUUUGCCCUCCUUCUGGUGAUGUCCUAUGAUCGCUAUGCAGCCAUCUGCUGUCCUCUGCACUAUGAGGCCAUCAUGAAUAGAGGUGCCUGUGUGCAGAUGUUUACUUUCAUGGUUGCUUCCUAUGUUUAUAUUGUGUCCACUGUCUUAAGAAUUCCUUCUUCACAAGGCAGGUUUAAAACCUUCUCCACCUGCAUGCCCCAUCUCACUGUGGUAACCUUGUUCCUUUCUUCUGGGUAUAUUGCAUAUUUAGGUUCAGCCUCAAAAUCCCCAUCAUCACUGAACCUCCUUAUGCCUGUGUUUUAUUCUCUGUUACCUCCCAGCCUGAAUCCUGUCAUUUACAGCCUGAAAAACAGGGAUAUGAAGGGGGCCCUUGGAAAAAUUUUUGGUUAA